AUGGGAAACUGCCUGCGUCUUCUUCUCGACUCCGAAUCCGACGUCAAGAUCCAUGUGAUCGAGCCAACCUCCAUCAACAAUGGAGAGGGAUCGUCGGUGGUUACUAGUCAGCCAGCUCCCCAAACUCCAGCGGCAGCACCAAUCGCCACGUUGCAAGUCCCGGGACUCCAGAGACCCCGCACUCCGGAGCCAACUGAUCCACGUGUUGCCAACUUGUAA